UUAUCACUAACAGGCGAGCCCUAGCCCCAAUUCUCCAAUCCAAACCCUAUUCUCAUUCUUCUGUUUUCAGCCUACUUCCUCUUAUCUCCCGCCUUCAGCUUCGUCGACGUCGUCUUGGGGCAUCUUCUUCGUCAACUUGCUGGCUGCUGUACGGCCACUGCGGAGGAGUCUUGCCUUUAUCCGCCCUAAUCAUUUCUAUAGUAGCGGCUCCGUUUCGAUCGUAGAAUCAUCUUCUUCAGUAUUUAUGGGGUCUCAGUCAAUUGAUUUCGAGUGGCCUGCCCGACGGGUUAGAGAUACCUUUCUUAAUUUCUUCGAGAGCAAAGCCCAUAUUAUAUGGAAAUCGAGUCCUGUUGUCCCCCACAACGAUCCCACCCUCCUGUUUGCUAAUGCUGGUAUGAAUCAGUUCAAACCAAUCUUUUUGGGGACGGCUGAUCCGAAUACUGAAUUGAGCAAACUUAAGCGUGCUUGCAACACUCAGAAAUGUAUUCGUGCUGGUGGCAAACACAACGAUCUUGACGAUGUUGGCAAGGACACUUACCACCACACAUUCUUUGAGAUGCUUGGGAAUUGGUCAUUCGGUGAUUAUUUCAAGAAUGAGGCUAUUGAAUGGGCUUGGGAGCUUCUUACCAAGGUUUAUAGAUUGCCUGCGGAUCGAAUUUAUGCUACAUAUUUUGGUGGAGAUGCGAAACUUGGUCUUCCUGCUGACAAUGAAGCAAGGGAUCUCUGGCUUAAAUUUCUCCCUUCAUCCCGUGUCUUGCCUUUUGGCUGUAAGGACAACUUUUGGGAGAUGGGAGAUACUGGCCCCUGUGGACCCUGCACGGAAAUUCAUUUUGAUAGAAUUGGUGGUCGGGAUGCUGCGCACUUUGUGAAUAAUGAUGAUCCCACUGUGAUUGAGAUAUGGAAUCUUGUGUUUAUCCAGUUCAACAGGGAACCUGAUGGCUCAUUGAAACCUCUACCUGCUAAACAUGUUGACACUGGAAUGGGUUUUGAAAGAUUGACUUCUAUUCUUCAAGAUAAGAUGAGCAAUUAUGAUACUGAUGUAUUCUUGCCUAUCUUCGAUGCGAUACAACAAGCAACUGGAGCUCGCAAAUACAUUGGAAAAGUGGGAAAUGAUGAUGCAGACAAUGUUGACAUGGCUUACAGAGUCGUUGCUGAUCACAUUAGAACAAUCUCAAUUGCCAUCGCUGAUGGUUCUUGCCCAGGAAACGAGGGACGUGAGUAUGUGUUAAGGCGUAUCCUUCGACGUGCUGUGAGAUAUGGUACUGAAGUCCUGAAAGCAAAGCAAGGCUUCUUCAAUGAGCUGGUACAAGUUGUGGUGGAGCUCAUGGGUGAUGUUUUCCCAGAGCUGAAAAAGCACUCAAAAAAAAUCAGGGAGAUCAUUGCAGAUGAGGAGGCUAGCUUUGGAAGGACAUUGACAAAAGGAAUUGAGAAAUUCAAGAAAUCUGCUCAAGAGCUUCAAGGGAGUAUACUUAGUGGGCAGGAUGCAUUUGAUUUGUGGGACACCUAUGGCUUUCCUUUGGAUCUAACUCAGUUGAUGGCAGAAGAAAGAGGUUUAUCUGUUGAUGUUGAAGGCUUUAACGUGGCUAUGGACAAAGCAAGGGAAAGAUCAAGAAGUGCCCAGAAUAAGCAAGCUGGUGGCGUGAUUGGCAUGGAUGCUGAUGCAACAGCAGCAUUGCAUAAGAACGGCGUUUCUUCCACUAAUGAUUCUUUCAAGUUUACAUGGUUUCAGGAUCAUGCAAGCACAAUUAAAGCUAUCUACACCGGAAGUGAGUUCCAGGAAAGUGUUGCCUCUGGUGAAGAAGUUGGGAUAAUACUUGAAUCCACGAGCUUUUAUGCUGAGCAAGGUGGUCAGAUAUAUGACACUGGACUAAUCAAAGGUCCUGGUGGAGUCUUUGAAGUGAGAAAUGUCCAGAUUUUUGGUGGAUAUGUUCUUCAUAUUGGUUCUUUGACUGGGAUACCUGAUAGGUUGCAUAUUGAUGAUAAAGUUAUUUGUAAGGUUGACUAUGAUAGGCGAACAUUGAUUGCUCCAAAUCAUACCUGUACUCACAUGUUAAAUUUUGCAUUGAGGGAAGUACUGGGUAAUCAUGUUGACCAGAAAGGAUCCAUUGUUCUUCCUGAGAAAUUGAGAUAUGAUUUCUCUCAUGGAAAGCCAGUGAAGCCUGAGGAGCUGAAGAAAAUCGAGUCAAUUGUUGCUGAACAAAUUCAGGCUGAACUGGAUGUGUUCUCCAAGGAGGCGAAGCUGGCUGAUGCCAAGAGCAUCAAUGGUCUAAGAGCUGUUUUUGGGGAGGUGUAUCCUGACCCUGUUCGCGUUGUUUCAAUUGGUCGAAAAGUGGAGGAUUUACUUGCAAAUCCCAAGAACGAAGAAUGGUUAUCCAUAUCUGCUGAGCUCUGUGGGGGGACCCACAUAUCAAAUACAAGGGAAGCCAAAGCAUUUGCCCUAUUAUCAGAGGAAGGUAUUGCCAAAGGAGUCCGCAGGAUUACAGCAGUGACGCUUGAUCCUGCUUUCAAAGCCUUGGAGCUUGCUUCUUCACUAGAGGUGGAAGUGAAUGAAGCAUCCCGUGCUGAAGGCAGCCUUUUGGAGCAGAAAGUCACUUCUCUGAAUAGUCGUGUUGAGGGAGCAUCUAUCCCUUCUGCUAAGAAAGCUGAGCUGAAGGCCAAGCUCUCUGUGCUUCAGGGUCAAGUGAUAAAAGCCAAAAAGAAGAUAGCCGAAGAACAUAUGCGAAAAGCUAUUGAGGUUGCUCUUCGCAAUGCUGAGACUGCCGUAUCAAAUGGAAAGACAUACUGUGUGUCACUUGUAGAUGUUGGUGCUGAUACUUCUGCGAUUAGGGAGGCAGUUGUUAAAGUCAUGGAACAAAAGGGUGUGGCAGUUAUGGUCUUUAGCAGAGACGACAAAGUGAACAAAGCUUUUGUUUGUGCUGGGGUACCGGAGAAAGAUGCCAAGUACAAGCAAUUGAAGGUUACUGAAUGGCUGAACAAGGUUUUGGAAAAUAUUAAUGGAAAGGGUGGCGGAGGAAAAGGAGGUCUCGCCCAAGGCCAGGGAAGCGAUGUGUCCCACGUGGAAACCGCGAUUGAUGUGGCGGAAUCAUUCGCUGCGAUGAAGCUAACUUGAUUGAAGUGAAGAGGGGUUGGAAACAUUUCUUAAAUUAUUCAUGAAACAGAGGUCAGCUAGAUGUUACUAACUGGUUUCUUAUCUGUUUGAUUGUGUAAUGCUUUCAAUUUUAAUUUGGGUUGGGAUUUCUAUACGCCCUUGGGCAAAAAUGAUGGGAUCGCCUUUAUGCAAUGAAUGAAAAUUAUAAUCAUGCUC